AUGACUCUCCUCAACCUACCAAACGAGCUCCUGCUCUCCAUAACAGAAACGCUAGACUCCCAAAAUAGCAUAAAUGCACUAGCGAAAACAAACCGCCGCUGCUAUAAUCUCCUAAACUCUUUCCUCUAUGCAUACAAUGUCCGCCACCAGAACGGAAGCGCCCUGCACUGGGCAGCAAAACAUGGCCAGCUAGAAGCAGUCCAGGAGUCGCUCCGACAAGGCGCGGAUAUUGAGUCACAAGACCGCGAAACGAAGGUCCGGCCGUUGAUUGAAGCUUCCCGAUCCGGGCAUGCAAAUAUUGUCUCGCUCCUCGUGGCGCAUGGAGCCAAUGUCCACGCGAAAGACACUUCCAGAUCCAAAGACGCAAUCACGUUCGCUGUUCAGCGCAACAAACCUGCAGUAGUUCGUCUUUUGCUUGAUAAUGGCGUUGAUCCCAAUUCCGUGGACUUGAGGGGGUCCAGUCUCUUGCAUCUGGCUGCAGAAGAAUAUCCCAGUAGUCGUGCGGCGUUGACAAGGGUUUUGAUUGACAAAGGGGCCAAUGUGGAGUCUACUUCACAGUGCGCUGACACUCCAUUGCAAGUGGCUAGUGUGUCAAACUCUGUGGAGGUGGCUCGUUGCCUCAUUGAAUGUGGAGCCGAUCUUGAUAAACGGACUCGCGAGGGAAGGACUUUACUACACCUUGCUGCUUCUAAGGGUCAUAUUGAGUUUGCCGAAUUAUUACUGGACAAAGGCGCCGCUAUGGAGUCGAGAGACGCUGAUGGUUACACACCACUCCAUAUGGCAUGCUUCAAUGGCCAAAUACAAAUUGCAAAUGUCUUGUUAGACCGAGGUGCAGAUCUAGAGGCAAUAUCCUCAACCGGGAACACGCCCCUUCUCAUGGCAGUCCUCUGGGAAAGCAGCGCGUCUAAGGUCAAAGACUCGACAUUAGGCCAAAUAACUUCAUUUCUGCUAGAACGAGGUGCCAACCCUGCCCGUGGUAACGAGUCUGGCGUCACGCCUUUGCACGUUACCGUGUCAAGGGGACACGCAGUUCUGUGCAAGAUGUUGCUGCAACACGGUGUCAAUCCAGAGCCAAGAACUUCGACUGGUAUCACACCGCUACAUAAGAUACCAGUCGGUGGCUCUCUGCAAUUGGCAGCGUAUUUGUUGCACUGGGGCGCUGGUGUCCAGCCGAGGGAUGAGGACGGUAAUACUCCUCUUCAUCUGGCGGCGCGAAGGUGCUUUCCGGGAUUAGUUGAAUUGUUGCUUGAGGCGGGUGCUGAUCCGGUCACUAAAAACAACAAGGGGCAGCUGCCUGUGGAUCUGGCGGUUCAGGAGACGGUAGGGCGGUCGAAAGAGAAACGGGUUAGGCAUUUGGAGGUUAUGGAUCUUCUAGAACAGAGUCCGAUGUUUAAUGGAAGUUAA